AUGUCAAAAAAAUCAUUUUUAGUUGUUGGUGGUUGUGGAUUUUUAGGUAGAUUUAUUGUUGAGUCAUUAUUAAACAAAGGUGAAACCAAUGUUCAUGUUUUUGAUAUCAGAAAAUCAUUCGAAGAUGACAGAGUUACAUUCCACAUUGGUGAUAUUAGAAAGCAAGAAGAUUUAGAAAAAGCAUGUAAAGGUAUUACCACAGUAUUCCACACAGCAUCACCAACUCACGGUAUGGGUUAUGAUAUUUAUUAUAGUGUUAAUGUAGUUGGUACUCAAAAACUUGUCGAUGCAUGUAUUGCAAGUGGUGUUAAACAAUUAGUUUAUACUAGUAGUUCAAGUGUUGUUUUCAAUGGUUCAGAUAUUGCUGGUGGUGAUGAAACCAUGCCAUACGUCAAAAAACACUUUGACCCAUACAACAAAACUAAAGAAUUAGGUGAAAAAGAAGUUAUUAAAGCCCACGGCUCAGGUUUAUUAGUUUGUGCUCUUCGUCCAGCUGGUAUCUUUGGACCACGUGAAGUUCAAGGUUGGCCACAAUUCUUAAAUGCCGCUAAAGAAGGUAAAAAUAAAUUUAUGUUUGGUUCAGGCGACAAUCUUUGUGAUUGGACUUAUAUCGACAAUGUUGUUCAUGCACAUAUUUUAGCAGCAGAACAUAUGACUCCAGAAUCCAAUGUUAGUGGUAACAUCUAUUUCAUCACCAACGAUGAACCAAUUCCAUUCUGGGAUAUGCCAAUUUACGCCUACGAAGCUUUUGGUUAUGAAAAACCAAAAAUUAAGAUUCCAUUCACUUUAAUGUACGGUAUUGCUUGGGUUAUCGAAAUUAUUGUUCUUUUACUUUCACCAUUCGUUAAAAUUCAUCCAACCAUCACUGUAUUCCGUAUGGUUUACACCAAUGCCACCCGUUACUUUAAUAUCGAAAAAGCCAAAAGAGAUCUUAAAUAUAAACCAAUCGUUCCACUUAAAGAAGGUAUGAAGAGAACUAAGGAAUGGUUUUUAGAAAACUAUCCACAAUAUAUUAAUAAAUCAAUUGAUAAUAAAAAAAACUAG